ACGCUCACCCCCUCUCACGGUUUUGACCUCUUCUCCCUCUCCCUCUCCCUCUCCCUCUAUUUCUUCGCCUCAUCUCUCUCUCUCUCUCUGUCUCUCUCUCUCUUCUUCUCAGGUAUCCCUCCCAGUCACCAAUGGCGAAUCUCGAAGAAUCAAGUCCCCUCCUAUCUACCCACCUGCCCUCGGACGAUGACAAGAAACCCACCAAGCCAACUUCUGCCCCUCCGCCUGCUGCAACGCCGACAAAGCAAUCUCCUCCAGAUGGACCCGCCUACGGCUGGACGGCCGAUGGGCUGCCACUGGGGCACGGAAGCGUGGUCGGUGAGCCCAUGCGCCGCGCUCAGUGGGACUCCAGCCUCCUCGCUUGCCUCGGACGCAACGAUGAGUUCUGUAGCAGCGAUCUCGAAGUUUGCCUCCUUGGAAGUGUGGCCCCAUGUGUGCUUUAUGGAGGCAAUGUCGAGAGGCUUGGCUCUGCUCCCGGGACUUUUGCAAAUCACUGCCUGCCUUACUGUGCUCUAUACACGAUUGGUCAGGCCUUUUUGCAAUCAAACUCCCUUGCACCCUGCUUCUCAUAUCCCAACCGUACUGCCAUCCGUCAGAAGUUCAAUCUUGAGGGAGGCUGCGAGGCACUUGACAGGUCAUGCGGAUGCUGUGGUAGCUUUGUUGAGGAUGAUGUGCAGCGUGAGCAUUGUGAAUCUGUUUGCGACUUUGCAACCCAUGUCUUCUGCCACCCGUGCGCACUUUGCCAGGAGGGCCGUGAGCUCCGCCGUAGGCUUCCUCAUCCUGGGUUUAAGGCACAACCCAUCUUGGUCAUGGUCCCGCCCAGAGACCAAACCAUGGGCCGUGGCAAGGCCUGAGUCUGAGUCUUCUACCUCAGCGUUGACAUGGUGAUAAAGACUGGAUUGCAUAAUCUAAAACUGUGGUUGAAAUUUGGUGUUACAGGUAUAAAUAAGUUAUCAUGAUAAUCUAUGUCUCCGUUUAUAGUAUGUAAUUGUCUGUUGUGGGGGUGACUGGGUGUACUAUGAUAUCUGCGGAUAUGCCUUUUGAUGUGGACUGAAGCUAAGACCGCAAAACAAAAACUGAUUUCCCUAUUUAUGUCUGUGUUGCAUUGCUCUA